GCUGUGUGGCGUGAGGCAGUGCGUGUGCUCAGUGUUUAGGUGAAUCCACAGCCCUCUGGCUCACAAGAAUAAAGGAUCCUCGCAGAGGAAGAGAAAGAAAAGCGACCCCGGGACUCUUAUUUCCUCUUUUAUUUUACAUCCUCUGUCUCUCAUUCCCUCACUAGCCACCAGUUCCCGGCGUCUGCGUUUUGUCUCCGCUUCUCUGCCCUUUGUCCUCCUCUUUUGUUCCCUGCAUCCAUCUCUGCUUCACCUCGCUCCGGAGAGAAGGAAGGAAGAGCAGAGUCAGAGGCAGCAUCCUCCCCUCCUGCACGCCCAGCCGGUGGUGGGUGCUGAUGCUGUAACCACUGUGUGGAGCUGACAAGCCUUGGUUGAUGCAGUGAAGUGUUCCAGAGGGAUAAACACAAGCGAAGGUCGCCAGCCAUGGGGAACCUCAUUAAGGUCCUUGGCAAGGAUUUAGAGAACUGUCCACAUUUUUUCCUGGACUUUGAAAAUGCCCAGCCCACGGAGGCAGAGACAGCCGUGUGGAACCAGGUCAGCGCUGUGCUGGAGGAGGCUCAUGGGAUCCUGGCCGAGCUGCAGUCCUAUAACGGCGCGGGCCAGGAGAUACGAGAAGCCAUCCAGAACCCAGGUGACCUUGCGCUGCAGGAGAAGGCCUGGAACGCAGUCUGCCCCCUGGUGGCCAAGCUGAAGAGGUUCUACGAGUUCUCCCUCCGACUGGAGAAUGCCCUGCGGAGCCUGCUGGAGGCGCUGACGAGCCCGCCCUACGCUCCCAUGCAGCACCUGGAGAGAGAGCAGGCCCUGGCCAAACAGUUUGCUGAGAUCCUUCACUUUACGCUCAGCUUCGAUGAACUAAAGAUGACAAACCCUGCCAUUCAGAAUGACUUCAGCUACUACAGGAGGACCAUCAGCAGGAACCGGCUGAACAACCAGCAGCUGGAAGCCGAGAACGAGGUUAACAACGAGAUGGCCAAUCGGAUGUCCCUGUUCUACGCCGAAGCGACGCCAAUGCUGAAGACUCUGAGCAACGCCACCACCAAGUUUGUCUCAGAGAAUAAGACCUUGCCCAUAGAGGACACCACUGACUGUCUGAGCACCAUGGCCUGUGUGUGUCGUGUCAUGCUGGAGACUCCGGAGUACCGCUGUCGGUUCACCAACACAGACACCAUGCUGUUCUGUAUGAGGGUGAUGGUCGGUGUCAUCAUCCUCUACGAUCACGUUCACCCUGUCGGAGCUUUUGCCAAGACCUCCAAAAUUGAUAUGAAGGGCUGCAUCAAGGUGCUGAAAGAGCAACCGUCCAACAGUGUGGAGGGACUUCUGAACGCGCUGAGGUACACAACACGGCAUCUAAAUGAUGACAGCACCUCCAAACAAAUCAGGGCCCUCCUGCAAUGAGCAGAGGAGGAGAGAGCGAGGGCGAGAGGGAAGGUGUGCACUUGGAGAAGGAAGAAGAAGAAGAGGAGGAGGAGGAAACAAACACCAGUGGCUGAUGAACCUGUUUGUUUACAAUGAACAAAGCAACCUGAUGAUAAUAGGAAGAGGAAAGUAAUUAUAUAUAUUGUCAGCUGUCCAUCAUUCUGUCUCUCAUUUUGUAAAGUAAGAAAAGAGAAAAAAGCCAGAAAAGAAAAUAUAGAUAUAUAUUAAAACAAGUGAAACACACGCAGCAGAUGAAAAAUAGGUAGUUUAAAGAAGAAGCUAUAUUGGGAAAAAAAUGUAAGGUCAGAACUUGAAGUUAAGUGAUAAUGUACAAAAAAAAAAGGGUUCAUGUUCCAACGGUAGUCUGACAAGUAUUUUUGCACACACUUUGAAAACAACGCCAUCUCCUCCCUCCCCCCCGAAAUCUGGUCCCACACUGGUUCCUGCAGACUUUCCCCAGGGCCCCCCCCCCCUCACACGCUCAGAUUUGCCGGCAUCCUUCAGCCGCACCGAUCUCCACCCAGAGAGGCAAUAUGAUGGAGACACGACUCCGGAGAUUUGCUUCCACCCGUUUUCUUUUCUUUUCUACAUCGGUGCAGCUGAAGGAGAGGAGGCACACGUGUUUUUUUAGGAUGCUUUUAUUUCAACCACAUUUUGUUCCCCCAGUACCCAUCACCCCCUCCGCCCACCCGAUCGAUCCCUCCACGUGUUUCUUUUCCACCAGAGGACUCUUCUCACAAGUCCUCUGGCUUUACUUGAACAUUGUUCACCCUCUCUCUUUCUCUCCAUGGUGCUAAUGUGGUUUAGAUAUCACAGUCAGAGCUUUGUUAGAUCUCACUUAGCAGGAAAACAAAGGGUGUCUUCUUCUUCCUGUUUGCAUUAAUAUGUAGAAACUCAUGUUCUAAUAUCAGUGGAUGAGCUUCUCAGCUUUUCUGUGGUUUCACCUUAGUGCACAAACUGGGACAAAACUGAGAAGGAAUCAUGUAAGUCAUUCUAGCACACGUGCUUCUUCACCCAGUGCCAAAGCUGACUGGUUCACGCUCGAAAUACAUCAUCACUCCAAGGCUGGAGGAGGUGGGGUUGAGAGGGGGAUGGAGUCUUGAACAAAACUGAAAAAACAUCACAGAUCAUCAUCAUGAUUAGAAUGAUAGAAUUACACAAAUCAGAAGGUGGUGCUCAAAAUUUGCACACACGCCUUUCAGGAGAGAUACCCGAGUGUUCACCGUGUAAAUAUGUGAGGCUUUUUCUCAACGGGCAUCUCCAUGGUCAGCGCGGGUCCUCGAGGAAAAACACGACAAACAUCUGCAUACAACUAGAGUUCUUUUGUUUUGUACGAGGUCGAUGAAGUUGUUGAAUAAGUGGGGAAAUCAAAAAAGGAGAAUCAAAAAAGACUCAAAGGGAGAUUAAAAAUGAAGUGCUGUACUUUGGAUGUCUAUAGCCCUUAGUCUAAUUUCAUUUGAUCUUAUAAUAUAUUUUCUAUACAGGGGUAUGUGCACAAGCAUAUUCUGUAUAAAUAUAUAGAUGGCAUGUUGUAAAAGUUCUGACAGAAAUGUGUAAAUAAGGUGUUUUUAUUCAUUUUUAAUUGUUCAGUGAUGCUGAAAUUGGGUAUGUGUUGUCUCUCAGAAUUACCAUGCGUUUGGCUUGGACCAUCGGACUUGCCGUAGUCAUAGGUUUCAGAACUUCAGCUUCAUUAUGGCGAAAGAACCGGAGGGAGGGGAGGGACGCUGAGGGGUGGGUGGGGG